CUAAGUCGUUUUUGAACGGUGGGAAAGUUUGGCUCUGAGAUCUGUGAUCACGAUGUCGCUGAGCAGCAGCUGCAGCCUGGCGCUGCUCGGGCUUUUCUGUCUCCACUUGACCGCACAGGGGAAGUUCACCGCUCUGGACCACAUCAGCUCUAAAGCCAGCGACAAGGCGCAGGGGCGAGCGGUGGUGGAGCUGCUGAAGCGGCUGCUCGGGAACAGGUCCACGGAGUUCAUCGUGUCCGUCAACAGGAGCCUGUCCAACGACAGCCUGGACGUGUGCGAGCUCAGGUCCACGAAGAACAACAAGGUGGUGGCCACGGGCAGCAGCGGAGUUGCCCUGGCCUCUGGCAUCUACAACUACCUCAAGUACUUCUGCAGCUGCCAUGUUUCCUGGUCCGGGGACCAGCUGGAUCUGCCCAGUCCUCUGCCGAGGCUCAGCGGCGUCCAGCGCAUCAGCAGCCCGCACAGAUUUCGGUAUUACCAGAAUGUCUGCACUUUUAGCUAUUCCACUGUGUGGUGGGACUGGCCGAGAUGGGAACGAGAGAUUGACUGGAUGGCACUUAAUGGGAUCAAUCUGCCACUGGCGUUCACUGGACAAGAAGCCUUAUGGCAAGAGGUUUACCGUUCUCUUGGACUAAACCAGUCGGAGAUCGAAGAAUUCUUCUCUGGCCCGGCGUUUCUCGCCUGGAACCGAAUGGGAAACAUGUUCAAGUUUGGUGGGCCUCUGCCGCAGUCCUGGCAUGUGAACCAGCUCAACCUCCAAUUUAGAAUAUUGGAGCGCAUGAGGUCAUUUGGCAUGACUCCUGUGCUGCCGGCCUUCUCUGGGAACAUCCCCAAGGGAAUCCUCAGGUUGUAUCCAACAGCAAACGCAACCAGACUCGGGUCUUGGGCUCGUUUCAACUGCAGCUACUCAUGCUCCUAUAUCUUAGACCCUCGGGACCCCCUUUUCCUCCAGAUUGGGUCCCUCUAUCUGUCCCAGGUGGUGAAGCAGUUUGGGACGGAUCACAUUUACAACACUGACACCUUCAAUGAGAUGAAUCCUCCGUCCUCUGACCCCACCUACCUGUCAGCAGUCAGUCGCUCUGUCUUUGCCUCAAUGACUGCAGUUGAUCCUCAAGCAAUUUGGCUGAUGCAAGGCUGGCUCUUCUUCAGUGAUGCAGCAUUCUGGAAGCCAGCCCAGAUUCAGGCCCUACUACACGGAGUGCCCCUUGGACGAAUGAUCGUGCUCGACCUGUUUGCCGAAACGGAACCAAUUUUCUCCUACACUGAGUCAUUCUAUGGACAACCAUUUAUCUGGUGCAUGCUGCAAAAUUUUGGUGGUAACAAUGGUUUAUUUGGUGCGGUGGAAAGCAUCAACUCAGGGCCCUUUAAAGCAAUGCAUUUCCCAAACUCCACUCUUGUGGGCUUAGGAAUGACACCAGAGGGCAUAGAGCAAAAUCCUGUGAUGUAUGAGUUGAUGAGCGAGCUGGCUUGGCGCAAAGAGCCUGUCAACUUGUCCAAGUGGGUAUCCCUGUAUGCAAUACGCCGUUACGGCAGCACAAAUGAAAACGUAACCGCUGCAUGGGUGCGCCUGUUCGCCAGUGUCUAUAACUGCACGGUGCCACAUUAUCGAAACCACAACCACAGCCCACUGGUGCACAGGCCUACCUUUCACAUGAAUGCUGGCCUUUGGUAUGACCGGGCAGACUUGUUUAAAGCCUGGAAACUGAUGGUAGAGGUCGCUCCUUCGCUCAUGACCAAGGAAACCUUCCGGUACGACCUUGUGGAUGUGACUCGGCAGGUCCUACAAGACCUGACAACAAGCUAUUAUCAAGAUAUCAUAAAGGCCUUCCAGACCCAAAAGCUGACAGAUCUGCUGACUGCAGGCGGCGUGCUGAUUCAUGACCUCCUGCCUGAGCUCAGUAAUUUGCUGAAUAGUGAUCGCAAUUUCCUGUUAGGGACGUGGUUAGAGAGUGCACAAUCCUUAGCCCUGGAUGAGAGGGAGGCACAGCUCUAUGACAUGAAUGCCAGAAACCAGCUCACAUUGUGGGGUCCCAGUGGUGAGAUCCUGGACUAUGCCAGUAAAGAGUGGGGAGGGCUCAUGGAAGACUACUACGCCCAGCGCUGGGGGCUGUUUGUCCACACGCUAGUAGAGUGUCUGGACAGAGGUCGACCAUUCAAGCAGGACACCUUCAACCAGGCAGUUUUUCAGGUAGAAAAGGGAUUCAUUUACAACCGCAGGAAGUACCCGACCGAGCCUCAGGGAGACACAUACAAGAUCGCCCACAGGAUCUUCCUCAAGUACUACCCACAGGCCUUAAAGGGGCUAUAGUGAGCACAGACUGCACUGUGGAAAAAAACUGGCCUCAUGUCACAGCAAGAAGAAUGUUUUCCUUCACCUCCAGUUCUACAUGGCUGUCCCAAAACAUUUUGAUGUAGAAAAUCUAAUGGCCUGAAUUCACAGGAACAGUGUGCUUGACAUACUAUAACUAUUGUAUGAUAAAAGUGUUCUCCUGACACUUACACUAUUUGUAUAUGCAUCCAUUCCUUAUAACAGAGGAGAGUAGAAAUGAAAAGUUGAGUUAAUGAGUUACUGAGUUAGAGACGAUCGUGUCUUCAUGUGCAUGUGUGCAUGUACCUGCGGGUGCAUGCAUCUAUUGAUGCCUUUUGAUUCACCUAAACUUAAAGAAACGUUUUUUAAACCUCUACAUUGUAUUUAACAGAAUGGAUAUUAUUUGUAUGUGGGUGUUAUUUUUGGUGGCUCAGACAAGAUGAGGGCUAUGUAAAUUUGUAGUAGAUACCGACCCAUAAUAAACAGAGACACGCACGUCCACAGGUGAUGGUACGGUUAAGCAGCAUGCCUUUUGCUGGUGGCAGGAAAACCAAGCACACACAGGGAGAACAUGCAAACAGAACCGCCCUGCACAACAGUGACACCUCAGGGAGCUGUAGACGUGUGGUUUCACUGUAUAGCCCCCCCCCCACCCCUCUGCCUGCACUCUUUGUAAGCUCUUUGUGUAAGCUAGGCAAACCAUGUCCCAACAGUAGCUUGACAGAUAUGAAUCUGAUGUCAUUGUCUGAUCUGGUUCUCAGAAAGAGAGCAGAUAGGCACGUCUCCUUAAAUGUUGAACUAUUCCUUUAAAUCACACAUCCUAUACUACGUCAACAGGUGGCAUGUUGGUAUCAAAAUGCCUGUUACCUGUCAGCAUGACGUGAAUCUGAAUAAUGUCUCUUAUUCUGAGCAAAGUGACCGACAGGUUUGUUGGCUGUAACGUCACAAACAAAUGGGUCAGUAGCAGUAACCAAUCAAUUGGGAUGUUUUGAUCUUGCUCACAUGGUCAGUUAAUCUGGGACGGAGUUGGUGUAAAGGUUUUAUUGUAACUUACUACUUUGUUGUGCCAAGAUGGCUUCUCCCUUUUUAAAGAUAUAUUUUUGUAUGAACAUCUAUAAGUGUUAAACUGAGGCACCUCACAUGUACGACGACAACAUCUGAAGAAUGCUAUUUCUUCAGUCACAUAUUUUUUUAUUUUGGAACACUCAAAUGUAGCUGAUUCCUUUUGUGAUGCAUUCAGUUGUACUUCAGGAUAAUUUCUAUGUUAUGGGAGAAUGUUAUGUUAUGAGCACAGCUGAAAUUCAUAAUAUUCAUAAUAUGCCAACAAACGUAUUGUAUUUUUGUAUUUGGAUUAAUUAAACUGUUGUGAUCCUUCAACUCAGGCAUGUCAUUAAAGUUUUCAGGGUAAGUGACUAA